AUGGCCAGCAACUCCAGCACGCUGCCCAGGGUGACUUUCCAGACACCAGAGAAACCUGGGGAGGAAUCAUCACACAGGAAACUGGGCAAGUUAACCAUAAAGUACAACCGCAAAGACCUACAGCGCUGGCUAGACCUGGAGGAAUGGAUCAACACCCAGCUGCAGGAGCUGUACCAGUGCCGGCUAAGAGAGGAAUCAGAGGAAGCAGCUCCUGAACCACAAAUUGAUCUUGAAGAUCUCCUGGAGGUCCCUAAUGAAGAACAGAAAUUAAAACUACAGGAAAUCCUCCAUGAGUGCUCCAGCCCAACAGAGGACUUCAUUACAGAAUUGCUUAGUCGAUUAAAAGGUCUCCGGAAAGUCACCCAUCCUCAGAAGAAAUGA